CUAGAAUACGAGAUGAUCACAUUCAGGUUAUAUACAUAUAUAUCAAUGUGUAUGUGUAUAGAUACGACGUACAGAUUGGUAUGUUUUCUAUUUGUUUAUUGUGAUAAUUAGUGAUCUAAAGUUGGUUUGAAAACUAUGUUUGUACAUGUAUAUUUGAGUUUGUUGAAAAGGAGUAAUAUCGGCGAAUAAAUUCUUAAAAUUUGAGACAAAUUUACAGAACAUUUCACUAUAAAAAUCUUACUGAGAAUUACUUUUUUCCUACAAUUGAUAUUAAUUAUCAAUAGCAGUGUUAUAAGAUAACAUAUCAUUCCAUGGAGUUGUGAUCAGCAGAUUUCAAUUAUGAUAAAUAUUACUUCAUUAACUCAACCGGCUUCACCAAAUUCACGUAGAUCAAGUUCAAUCUCAGCACUUGCAUUGUAUAAUACUGCUGUUACGAGCACUUAUACUCAUCCAAAUAAUCCUAUUCAUAAUAAUUCAACUGUGGUGAAUCUUUACACAAGACAGUAUAUGCAAAAAAAGAAAUCUCAUCGAUGGCGAUUGAUCAGAACACCAAUUCCAUUGAAUCCAGUCUAUCGUAAAACAUUAUUUUUAGCCAUACUUAUACCAUUUAUUGGUGCAUUACUGUUUAUCGGAGCAACAUUAACACCAUAUUGGGAGAAUGUUCAUUUUAAAUUCAUUAAGUUGUUGGAACUAUUUUCAAUCAAACAAAAUUGCUCAACAUUCACUGGGCAUGAAAACGGUAACAUGUACAAUAAGUCACUAAUUAAUCAAACAGAAUUUGUAAUUUUAGAAGAUCCACAGCGAUGGAUUAAUAAUAAUAAUAAUAAUAUUAAUAAUUAUACCUUAGAAUUUGUCAUAUUUCGUGAUGGUAAAAUAUUAAAUUGGAGAAUACUGAAACACUUAUAUAAAAAUUGUUUGACAGUUACAUAUAAAAUGAAUGAAAUCAUAGGUAUUGUCGUACAUUCAUAUAAACAUAUCACAUCUACCGAGAAUACACCGAAGCAUUUAUCACGUGAAACAAUAACACCAAGAUUAUUCACUCGUAACAAAUAUACAUUCACACGUCAUGAAUGGAUACAGCUAGUAGAGCAUGGGGAUUUGUUGGACGAUGCACAAGAUGAUGAAAUGAACAGAAAUUUAUGGUUAAUUAUGAAUUUGCAAGCUGGUAUCUGGACAAUGUGUUUUCGAUUAGCAGAUGCUUACAAACCUAAAUUGCUAGCCUACAGCUCAAAUAUCCAUCCAGAUUUAAACAUACCACUUGACUGUAUGUCUUAUCUACAAGCAAACUUAUCUGAAACAAAGAAUCUAUGCAUUCAAUUUCUUUUAAAAAUGCAGAAUAAUAUUAUUUCAUGCGUUGUGGUAGUCUAUCUAUCAGUUGCAGCAUCUGUAUUGAUCGGGGCGUUUUCAACUUUGUUUCGUGCUGUGCCUGCAGCUAUGGUAACCGGUGUGUUGUAUAUUACAUCUGGUGUCUUCAUUAUUUUCGCAAAUUGUAUACAUCAUACAAAAUUGAAUCGUCUUGAGUACGAAUGGGGUCCAUGCUAUCCAAUAUCACAAAUACCUCGAACAUUAUAUACUCCAGAUAUUAUCAGUGUUCAUCCACUUUGGCCUGUGUUAGUCAGUUGGAUAUCAUCAUUUGUUUUCUUUAUUGCUUCAAUUAUAUGGCUUAUUCUUACACAAUUAAUGACUUUUGAAAAUUCUAAAACAAUGAUUUAAUUAAAGUUUUUUUUUUUACUUACUCGUCCGUUUUCAACUUUCUUCUCUCUUUUUUCUUCCUUCUCCUCUAUUCCUUACUAUACAUGUAUAUUUUAAAUGAAUAUACUAUCAGGCAAAUUUUAAAUUUCUCUAAGAUCAUUAUCAAACUAGGUUUAAACAAUUAUGUAGUGCUCAUGUUUAUUUUGAUGAAUAUCAGUUUAUUCUUUGUGUAUCACUUAAAAAUAUUGAUAAAUUUUACAGUGACAACAACAAAGAAAAAGAAAAAGAAACAAACAAGAUAGUUUACAUAAUCCAUUAUCAUUUAUUGCACAUAAGCAUUGCAUUCCAACUAAAUAUUGACUAUAUUAUUAAUUAUUUGUUCUAAAUAAUAACAAAAAUUAACAGAACUUUGUUCGUGUUUUUCUUUUCUUGUUGUGUCUUUGAG